CCGAUAUUCUUACUCCAAGCAACCCUCAUGAUCCCGAAUGUGUCUGUGAAGCCGACCCUGGAUGAAAUACAGGAAGUGUUGACCAUCGCUGGGAAACACAUAUCAGGACUGUCCAAGGGAGUCGCCCAAUGGUCCGGAGGGAAGGUCCCUAGGGUUAACUGGAAGAAGAUCGCAGGCCGCCCGUCGAACCACCUUCUAGAAGUAGUCACGAAGCUUGACGAACAGGUGCAAUCAGGGGCUGCACAAAACGCGGGCAUGCAGCAAAAGGGCCUUAAAGUUAUCGAGGCAGCGAAGAUUCGGCGCAAGAGACACUACCGCCUUGAGUCGGAGGAGAAGCCGUCGUUCCCAUUCCAACAGAAAAACUUCUAUAACCACGUCAUGGAGAACAAGGAAGUCGUCAAGACGUUGUCGCAAAUGUCUACAUGCACGCAGAAUAUCAAAACAGAGCUGAACAACUUGGUGAAGCGCUGGCGUCCGUACCACUACCUCUGGAAAUGUGAGAAGACCCUACGCCAACUGCUGUCCUGGAACUUGAAUGACUUUGAACUGUCUCUGAAGAAGCACAGCGAGCUGGAAGCCAAGCUGGCGACCGAGCCCGACGUGCUGGUCAUAGGCACCUGCCUCGCUGUGUCCACCGAGAAACUCAAGCUUGGACUGACUACAGAGUUGAAAAACGGCACUCACAGAAUAAGUCAAGCUAUGCGCAAGAAAUAUAAACGUGAGAUGGACUACGUUUAUGCCAUCAUGAAUGAUCUAGAACGUAAGCUGGAGAGACCCAUAAGAGACCUGGAUGACGUCAGGACUGUCAUGGAGACUCUGAAGAAGAUACGGGAACAAGAAGUUGACAUGGAACUCAAAAUUGACCCGGUUGAAGAAGCCUUCAACAUAAUCACUCGCUAUGAGCUGCCUGUGAGCAAAGAGGAUUUAGAACAGGUUGACAAUCUCCGCUACACUUGGCAACAGCUGCAAGCGCAGGCGCUGGCAACCCAUUUCCAGCUUUUGAAAAUGCAGCCGACCUUCUCUGAUGACCUCAAGAACAACCUGGACAGGUUCAGAGAUGACAAUACGGAGUACUGCCAUGAGUAUCGCCAUGCAGGCCCUAUGCAGCCUGGUUUGAGCCCUAGGGAGGCAUCUGAUAGGUUGAUUCUCUUCCAGAACCGCUUCGAUGGCAUGUGGCGUAAACUACAAACCUAUCAAAAUGGCGAGGAACUAUUUGGUCUUCCUCACACGGAAUACCCUGAACUUGCGCAAAUAAGAAAGGAGCUAAACCUUUUGCAAAAGCUGUAUAAACUGUACAAUGACGUCAUCGACCGAGUCAGCAGCUAUUAUGAUAUUCCAUGGGGUGAAGUCAACAUCGAGGAGAUCAACAAUGAGCUUAUGGAGUUCCAAAAUAGGUGCCGAAAGCUGCCAAAGGGCCUUAAAGAAUGGCCUGCCUUCUUCGCGCUUAAGAAGACAAUAGAUGACUUCAACGACAUGUGCCCGCUCUUGGAGCUCAUGGCCAACAAAGCGAUGAAAGCGCGUCACUGGCAACGUAUCAUGGAGGUCACCAAAUACAUCUUCGAACUUGACAACGAGGACUUCUGCCUGAAGAACAUUCUGGAGGCACCUUUGUUGCAGAAUAAAGAGGAUAUUGAGGAUAUCUGCAUCUCAGCGAUGAAGGAGAAGGACAUCGAAGCAAAGCUUCGGCAAGUGACCAACGAGUGGUCCGUCCACGAGCUGACCUUCCAAACCUUCAACAACAGGGGAGAACUCCUCCUCCGAGGAGAUACCACGGCGGAGACCAUCGGACAGCUGGAAGACAGUCUCAUGAUCCUCGGCUCGCUACUAUCCAAUCGAUACAACGCACCAUUCAGAAAGCAGAUACAGCAGUGGCUUUACGACCUGCAAAGUACGAACGAGAUCUUAGAACGCUGGUUGCUAGUGCAAAAUAUGUGGGUGUACCUUGAAGCUGUAUUCGUAGGGGGUGACAUCGCCAAACAACUGCCCAAAGAAGCCAAGCGGUUCUCAAAAAUUGACAAAUCUUGGCAGAAGAUCAUGCAAAGGGCUCAUGAGACACCUGGAGUCGUAUCCUGUUGCGUCGGAGACGAUUUAUUAAGACAAUUGCUUCCGCAUCUCCAAGAACAGCUGGAACUCUGUCAGAAAAGUUUGAGUGGCUAUCUAGAGAAGAAGAGGACAAUGUUUCCUAGAUUCUUCUUUGUCUCUGAUCCAGCCCUGUUAGAAAUUCUUGGACAGGCUUCAGAUUCACAUACCAUACAGAAUCAUCUGCUGUCCAUAUUUGACAAUAUUCGUUAUGUCAAGUUCCAUGAUAUUGAAUACAACAAGAUGAUUGCUAUUGUUUCUUCGGAGGGUGAAGAGAUAAAGCUGGAGCGUCCCGUACGGGCAGAGGGUUCUGUGGAGACCUGGCUGACGUCACUGUUGCAGUCGGCUCAAAGCAGCCUGCACUCCAUCAUCCGCAACGCGGUGUCCAUCCUCAACGAUCCCGCUUUCAAUUUGCUGCUGUUCCUUGACAAAAUGCCGGCACAGGUUGGACUUCUGGGCAUCCAAAUAAUAUGGACUCGUGAUGCAGAACUAGCACUGAUGCAAGCUCGGCAAGACAAGAAAAUAAUGAUGGAAACCAACAAUAAGUUUUUGGAACUGCUGAACACAUUGAUUGAUCAGACCACCAGGGACUUACUGAAGAUUGAAAGAAUUAAGUUUGAGACUCUUAUUACUAUCCAUGUCCAUCAAAGGGACAUUUUUGAUGUACUGUGCCGUCUCAACGUCCGAUCGGCGACCGACUUCGAGUGGCUGAAGCAAUGCCGUUUCUACUUCAAAGACGACGCGGACAAGACCUGGAUAUCGGUGACGGAUGUGGUAUUCACAUACCAGAACGAAUACCUUGGGUGCACUGAUCGCCUUGUCAUUACUCCUCUUACUGACAGAUGUUACAUAACAUUAGCACAGGCUCUAGCGAUGAGCAUGGGAGGUGCGCCUUGCGGGCCGGCGGGUACUGGUAAGACUGAGACCGUCAAGGACAUGGGGAAGACCCUCGCGAAGUAUGUCGUGGUGUUCAACUGCUCUGACCAAAUGGACUAUAGAGGUCUCGGCCGGAUCUACAAAGGCCUCGCCCAGUCAGGUUCCUGGGGCUGCUUCGAUGAGUUCAACCGCAUCGAGCUGCCCGUGCUCUCAGUGGCCGCACAGCAGGUGGCCGUGGUGCUCGCGGCGAAAAAGGAAAAAAAGAAGACCUUCGUCUUCACGGACGGAGACGUCUCCGAAAUGUGCCCGGAGUUCGGCAUUUUUAUUACUAUGAAUCCAGGCUAUGCCGGUCGCAAGGAACUCCCUGAGAACCUGAAGAUCCAGUUCCGCACCGUCGCCAUGAUGGUGCCCGACCGGCAGAUCAUCAUCAGGGUCAAGCUGGCCUCCUGCGGCUUCCUAGAGAACAUUACGCUCGCCCGCAAGUUCUACACUUUGUAUAAGUUAUGUGAGGAGCAGCUCACCAAACAGGUCCACUACGAUUUCGGCCUCCGCAACAUCCUUUCUGUCCUCCGCACCCUCGGCGCAGUCAAACGGGUCAACUCCAAAGACAACGAGAGCACCAUAGUCAUGAGAGUGCUUCGCGACAUGAAUCUGUCCAAACUGAUAGACGAAGAUGAACCACUCUUCAUUUCACUCGUCUCAGAUCUGUUCCCGAACCAAGCGUUGGACAAAACAACGUACAACGACCUUGAGGAUGCAAUAAAGAAACAGGUGGAGAGCUCAGGGCUGAUAUACCACCCGCCUUGGGCUCUCAAAGUUAUACAGCUAUACGAAACUCAACGAGUUCGUCAUGGAAUCAUGACAUUAGGGCCUCCAGGAGCCGGUAAAACCACGUGCAUUCAUACACUUAUGAACGCUCUAUCUGAAGUUGAGAACCCUCAUAGGGAGAUGCGCAUGAAUCCGAAAUCUAUAACAGCUGCGCAAAUGUUCGGGCGUCUCGAUGUGGCCACUAACGAUUGGACAGAUGGGAUAUUCUCAGCCCUUUGGAGGAAAACACUUAAAAUCAAAACCGGAGAAUAUAUCUGGCUGGUGCUCGAUGGACCAGUCGACAGCAUUUGGAUCGAGAAUUUGAACUCUGUGCUAGAUGAUAAUAAGACCUUGACUCUAGCCAAUGGUGACCGUUUGACAAUGUCGCCUACAUCGAAGAUUAUAUUCGAACCGGAGAACAUCGAUAAUGCAUCUCCAGCUACUGUAUCUAGAAAUGGAAUGGUUUACAUGAGCUCAUCGGGGUUGGAUUGGGAUCCAGUUGUUCGUGCUUGGCUAAAGUCAAGAUCGGCCAGAGAAGUUGAAGUGUUUAGCGUACUUUUUGACCAGACUUUCCUUGGCAUCUACACAUGGUGCACACAGAAUUUGACUUUCAGUAUGAAGGUCCUUCAAAGCAAUAUUGUGCUUCAAAUGUUGAAUCUCCUGGAAGGUCUUGUACCACCACAGAAUGUCGAACCAGUAGAAGAUACAUCUGGCAGCAAAUCAGUCAAUGGUGAUAUGGAUGAUGAAGAAGAAAAAGAAAAAGUAGAAGAAAUAGUGCAGUACACCCAUGAACAUUUACAAAAAAUAUAUGUGUUUUCAUUAGUUUGGGGUUUCGGAUCUCUAUUAGAAACCAACGACAGAGAUCGAUUUGACACAUACAUCAAGAAAAACUUCUCAGAAAUUCUAGACAUUCCGAAGCAUCCAAAUAAUAAACCCAGCAAUCUUUUUGAUUUCUAUGUCAAAAAUUCUGGAAAAUGGGAACUGUGGGAUGAUCUGGUAACACCUUAUGUGUACCCAGACACAGCCACUCCAGAUUAUGCCAGUAUUCUUGUGCCUAUAACGGACAAUGUAAGAAUUGACUACAUGAUCCACUGUAUCGCUAAACAAGGAAAAGCUGUCUUACUUUUAGGAGAACAAGGUUCUGCCAAGACGGUCAUGAUGAAAGCAUACAUGAAAAAUGCCAAUCCUGAUCAAUUUAUGAGUCGAUCCUUUAACUUUUCAUCUGCCACCAGUCCCUAUCAAUUCCAGAAGACAAUAGAAAGUUAUGUUGAAAAACGGAGUGGUAUGACUUUUGGUCCUCCCGGCGGCAAAAAAAUGCUCGUAUUCAUCGACGAUAUUAACUUACCCCAAAUCAAUGAAUGGGGUGACCAAAUAACUAACGAAAUUGUAAGGCAGACGAUGAGCAUGGGUGGAUUUUAUAGCCUGGAGAAACCUGGUGAUUUUACAACCAUUGUUGAUAUUCAAUUUCUUGGUGCCAUGGGCCAACCAGGUGGUGGCAGAAAUGAUAUUCCAGCAAGAUUGAAGCGCCAGUUUGCGAUUUUCAACUGUCCUUUGCCAAAUAACGAUUCAAUUGAUAAGAUAUUCAAAGUGAUCGGUGAAGGUCAUUACAACGCUCGCAGAGGAUUUGCUGCAGAUGUGAGGUCAUUGAUCAAGAAGGUUAUACCGCUAACAAGAGAGCUUUGGAUGAGAACUAGAUUGAAUUUGUUACCUACACCAGCAAAAUUCCACUACGUAUUUUCUUUGAGGGAUCUAUCCAGGGUCUGGCAAGGAAUGGUGGGGACUUUACCUACAGUGAUUGAAUCGGAAAAAUGUCUGAUGUUACUAUGGAAACAUGAAUGCUCCAGAGUAUUUUCUGACCGCUUCACUCAUCAGGUUGAUAAAGAUUGGUUUAACAAAGCUCUUUAUGACAUAGCGGAGGAAGUGUUAGGAGUUGAAUACAGAAAGAUGAUGGAUAAGGAACCGGUCUUUGUCGACUUUAUGAGAGAUGCUCCUGAACCAACAGGAGAAGAGGGAGAAGACGCAGACAUGGAAUUGCCAAAAGUAUACGAGCCUGUAUUCGACUACAGUGAACUAAGAGAACGGUUAGACAUGUUCUUGGCUCAAUUCAACGAAAUGGUCCGAGGUUCUGGCAUGGAUCUUGUGUUCUUCCCUGACGCUAUGUUACACUUGGUUAAAAUAUCGAGAGUAAUUCGACAUCCUAGAGGAAACGUCAUGUUGGUAGGAGUAGGUGGGUCUGGGAAGCAAUCACUCACAAAACUGUCAACGUUUAUUGCAGGCUAUCGAUCUUUUCAAAUUGCUCUUACCAGAUCUUACAAUGUAGGCAAUUUUCUUGAAGAUCUCAAGCUUCUGUACAGAUCUUGUGGCGUCCAAGGAAAAGGCACAACGUUUGUAUUCACAGACUUGGACAUUAAAGAGGAAGGAUUCCUGGAAUACCUGAACAAUAUUCUGUCGUCUGGCGUUAUAUCAAAUUUAUUUACCAAGGAUGAGCAACAAGAAAUAAUUUCUGAGCUAACACCAAUAAUGAAGAGAGAAAACCAAAAGCGUACGCUAAACAAUGAACUCGUGAUGGAAUAUUUUUUGAACAGGACAUGUCAGAAUUUGCAUGUCGUUCUAUGUUUUUCACCUGUAAGCGAAGCAUUUAGAUACCGUGCAUUAAGGUUUCCAGCAUUAAUAUCCGGAUGCACUAUCGAUUGGUUUCAACCUUGGCCUAAAGACGCGCUGGUGUCUGUUGCUGAUCAUUUUCUAGCUGAAUUUGAAAUCGAAUGCACCAAAGAAGUUAAAAAAGAAUUGGUCACCGUACUAGGAACUAUUCAAGACGUAGUGUCCAAGGUUUCUACGGAGUAUUUCCAAAGAUUCCGUCGAUCAUCACACGUGACGCCUAAAUCAUAUUUAAAUUUUAUUGGUGGAUACAAAACUAUUUAUCACAUGAAGCAAAAAGAGCUUGGAGAUGGCGCGUUAAGAAUGGAUACUGGAUUAGAAAAAUUAAGGGAGGCUGCCAUUUCAGUAGAAUUACUGAAGAAAGACUUGGCUGUCAUGGAACAAGACUUAGCUUUGGCUUCUGAAAAGGCUGAUCUCGUGUUAACUCAAGUUACAGAAAGAGCUAUGCAAGCUGAAAUCGUUAAGAAUCAAGUACAAAUUGUGAAAGAAAAGGCUGAGGCCUUGGUGGCUUACAUUGCUGAAGAGAAAGAAAAAGCUGAACUGAAAUUGGAAGCUGCUAAACCAGCUUUAGAAGAAGCUGAAGCAGCUUUGAACACGAUCAAGCCAGCUCACAUAGCUACAGUUCGUAAAUUAGGCAGACCACCACAUCUUAUUAUGAGGAUUAUGGAUUGUGUGCUGAUAUUGUUUCAAAGAAGGUUACAUCCUCUUAUUCCUGAUACAGCUGCACCUUGUCCAAAACCUUCUUGGGCUGAAUCACUCAAGAUGAUGGCCAGUACAACUUUCCUGCUGCAACUUCAGAACUACCCAAAAGAUAUAAUCAACAACGAGAUGGUGGAGCACUUGCUCCCGUAUUUUGAGAUGGAAGACUACAACAUGGACACUGCAAAACGCGUCUGCGGUGACGUAGCGGGUCUUUUGUCAUGGACUAAAGCGAUGGCCUUCUUUCAUAGCGUCAACAAGGAGGUGUUACCGUUGAAAGCAAACUUACUGCUUCAAGAAGCUAGAUUGAAAGUGGCAAUGGAAGACUUGGCUUCGGCUGAACGGCAGCUUGAAGAGCGUGAAAUGUCCUUGCGUAAAGUUAAAGAACAAUAUGAAUCGGCCGUAUCAGAAAAGCAGCAGUUAACAGAUGCUGCUAAUGUGUGUCUAAGAAAGAUGACUGCAGCUACGGCUCUUAUCAAUGGGCUUGGGGGUGAAAAAAUCAGAUGGACUCAACAAAGCAAAGAUUUUAAAGAGCAGCUUGGACGUUUGGUCGGUGACGUCGUUCUUGCAACUGGAUUCUUGUCGUACUGCGGACCUUAUAACCAAGAGUUCAGAAACAGUUUGCUUGAUACUUGGAUGGAUAUAUUGAAAAAGAAACAAAUACCUGUUACUGAUAACUUAAACAUUACAAACAUGCUAGUGGAGAGUGCAACUAUAUCCGAAUGGACUUUACAAGGUUUGCCCAACGAUGAACUUUCUGUACAAAAUGCACUCAUUGUAACGAAAUCCAGUUCAUAUCCGCUUCUAGUUGAUCCGCAGAGCCAAGGGAAGAACUGGAUAAAAAACAAAGAAAGUACAAAUGAGUUACAAAUCACUUCCUUGAAUCAUAAAUAUUUUCGUACUCAUCUUGAAGAUAGUUUGUCACUAGGACGUCCACUGUUAAUUGAAGAUGUUGGCGUAGAACUAGAUCCUGUGAUUGAUAACGUAUUGGAAAAGAACUUCAUCAAGUCUGGUUCCAUAGAAAAGGUCAUAGUGGGUGAUAAAGAAUGUGACGUAAUGCCCGGUUUUAUGCUUUACAUUACCACUAAAUUACCAAAUCCUCCGUACUCUCCUGAAAUAAGCGCGAAGACUUCGAUUAUUGACUUCACUGUAACGAUGCAAGGUUUGGAAGAUCAAUUGCUCGGCCGAGUCAUAUUGAUGGAGAAGUCAGAUCUAGAGGAAGAAAGAGUGGCUUUGUUUGAAUCGGUAAUGAAAAACCAAAGAAGUAUGAAAGAGCUGGAAAGUAACUUGCUUUGCCGUUUAACAUCAUCAGAAGGAUCAUUAGUUGAUGAUGAAGCCUUGAUCCAGGUACUUCAGAUUACGAAAACAACCGCUGAAGAAGUGAAUGAGAAAUUGAAAGUUGCAGAGGUAACAGAAAAGAAAAUUAUUAAAGCCCGUGAAGAAUUCAGAGCAGUUGCUGGAAGAGGAUCAAUUCUAUAUUUCUUGAUUGUGGAAAUGAGUAACGUGAACAUCAUGUACCAGAACUCUUUGAAACAGUUUCUGAAUAUAUUUGACAAUUCUAUCACGAAAUCCACGAAAAGCAAUGUUACAGAAGAAAGGAUCAACAUCAUUCUCAAAUACCUGACCUUCGAAGUAUGGGCGUUCACGUUGCGAAGUUUGUAUGAGCGCCACAAGGCUCUCUUUACUUUGAUGUUAGCUAUGAAGAUAGACUGUCAUAGAGGUAUAAUCUCACACGACGAAUUUAUGGCGUUUGUCAAAGGCGGCGCUUCAUUGGAUCUGAACGCAGUUACUCCAAAGCCAUUCAGGUGGAUUUUGGAUAUAACGUGGCUGAACUUAGUUGAGAUUAGUAAAUUGAAAACUUUCAAUGAUGUCCUUUCGAGGAUAUCAACCAAUGAAAAAGAAUGGCGUGUUUGGUAUGAAAAGGCAAAACCAGAGGAGGAGACAUUGCCAAGUGGCUACAAUGACAGCUUAGACGUGUUUAGGAAGCUCUUGCUUGUUAGAUCGUGGAGUCCAGACCGAACUCUUUCCCAAGCCAGAAAAUACAUCGUUGACUCACUAGGACCAGAGUAUGGCGAGGGUUGCAUCUUAAACUUAGAAACUACGUGGGAGGAGUCUGAACCACGAACCCCACUUAUUUGCAUCCUUACCAUCGGCUCUGAUCCAUCUGCACAGAUCUCUGCCCUCGCAAAGGCUAAAGAAAUUGUUUUGAAAGCUGUAUCCAUGGGCCAAGGACAAGAAAUAGUAGCCCGUAAGAUGAUUUCUGACUCUAUGGCUGAGGGAGGCUGGGUGCUGUUGCAAAAUAUUCAUUUGUCUUUACCAUUCUGCGUUGAAGCCAUGGACGCACUCAUAGAAACCGAACACAUAGAAGACUCCUUCCGGCUUUGGCUAACUACUGAAGUUCACACAGAGUUUCCCAUUGGCCUCCUACAGAUGGCCAUCAAGUUUACCAAUGAACCACCACAAGGUAUUAGAGCUAGCAUGAAACGCACAUAUCAAAACAUUACACAAGAUACUUUGGACUACUCAUCUUUAUCGCAAUGGCCACCGCUCCUUUAUGCUGUAGCAUUCUUGCAUACAAUAGUUCAAGAACGGCGUAAGUUUGGACCACUAGGUUGGAAUAUACCAUACGAAUUCAACCAAGCAGAUUACGCUGCAAGCGUCCAAUUUGUCCAGAACCACCUCGAUGAAAUUGACCCGAAGAAAGGAAUAUCUUGGCCCACCAUCUGUUACAUGCUGGGGGAGGUCCAGUACGGUGGCAGAGUUACAGAUGACUUCGACAAACGAUUAUUGACUACGUUCACUAACGUUUGGUUCUGUGAUGUUCUCCUUCGUCCCGGUUUUGAGUUUUACAAAGGCUACAAGGUUCCACAGACGAGAAAUUUACAGGGAUAUGUGGAUUAUAUCAACCAACUUCCUUUACAAGAUACCCCUGAAGUCUUUGGGCUACAUGGGAAUGCUGACAUAACGUACCAGAUUAACAGUGCAAAGGAUAUUUUGGAUACGAUACUCAGUGUCCAGCCGAAGGAGGGUGGAAGUCAAGGCGGGGAGACCAGAGAGAGCAUAGUGUACCGUCUAGCUGAGGACAUGCUGGACAAGCUGCCGAAGCAGUAUGUCAGUUUUGAAGUCAAAGAAGCUCUCCAGAAAAUGGGGGCCUUUUUACCCAUGAACAUCUUUUUGAGACAAGAAAUAGAUAGGAUCCAGAAAGUAAUCAAAACUGUGCAGUCAACACUUUGCGAUCUGAAACUGGCAAUUGACGGCACCAUUGUAAUGAGUCAAGGUUUGCGAGAAUCACUUGAUGCUAUGUACGAUGCCAGAAUUCCACAAAAAUGGCUCAAGGUAUCCUGGGAAUCGGCUACUUUGGGUUUCUGGUAUACUGAGCUGUUAGAGCGCGAGCAACAGUACCGAGUGUGGCUGCGUAACGGCCGACCGACCACUUUCUGGAUGACUGGCUUCUUCAACCCACAAGGAUUCCUCACCGCUAUGAGACAGGAAGUAACACGUAGCCAUAAAGGCUGGGCUUUGGACUCGGUUGUACUACAGAACCACAUCACGAAGUUGAAUAGGGAGGACGUGCAAGAGGGACCGGCUGAAGGAGUGUACGUUUAUGGUCUCUUCCUUGAAGGAGCAUCACUAGACAGAAAAACUGGAAAAUUGAUUGAGUCGAAGCCGAAGGUUUUGUACGAGCAAAUGCCAGUUAUCUACAUAUUUGCUAUCAACACGACUGCUGGCAAGGACCCUCGUCUUUACGAGUGUCCCAUCUAUAGGAAGCCUCAAAGGACAGACGCUAAAUACGUGGGGUCCAUCGACUUCGAAACGGACAGCAACCCGCGUCACUGGACCCUACGGGGGGUGGCUCUCCUAUGCGACAUCAAGUAGAUAUAGCAUCGUCUCUGUGUUUCGAUCGAUCGACGUCUAUUUAUUUAUUUUAUUUCGGUUCAUCUACAAUCGAUCUGUAUUCAAUGCAGUGCUAUUUGUUCCUUGUAUUUUUAUGAUGUUCAAAGUUUAACAAAAU